ACCCCGCUUCCCCGGCCUCGCGCCGCCCGCCCGUCCGCCGGUCUCUGCAAGACCGUCGGUCUGUCCGCUCGCUCGUCCGUCCGCUGCCCGGGUCCCGCUAGCCCGAGUGCGCGAGUCGAUUCGUCGGUUCCGGCCGCCACAAACCCGUCUCCCGCCCCCGAGCGGUCCGCCUCUGCUACGCGAGGCCGGGGAUUGGCAGGGUGCGUAGGCCGCGCCGCGGCGGAUGGAGCCGGAAUAAAGAGGCAGCCGAGAAAGCAGCUGGUCUCCGCUCGCCCCGCGCCUGACCCCGCGGGCGGCCUGGAGCAGAACCGAUUACUGGGGAAGGCAGAGCCUUCUCAGCAUUGCUGGGACCCUGUCCCGAAGAGCCCCCUGCCCUGUAAGCACUGCAUUGUAGGCUAUCUUCUUGGCUCAUGACAAGGGCUAUCUGACCAGUUCUCCUCUGUGCCUUGUGUGAGGUUCUUGUCCGUCCCUGAGAUCCAGUAACUUCUCUCAGGGUUGGGUUCACCUUAAGCGGGAAACUGAAGCCAUUACUGUCCAAACCCAGUUUCAUCUUCCCAAGCAUGUCGGAAAGUUGGCAGCAGCCACCACAGACGCAACCACAACAGCCACAGCCACCACAGCCUCAGCACCAUGCAGAACCACCACCAGCCCUGGCUGAACACACGCUGCCCCCGGGCACGGCUGAAAACCCACUAGGCUGUGCUGUCUAUGGUAUACUGCUGCAACCUGACCCAGGCCUGCAGCCCCCACAGCAUGCACCUCUGCAAGCAGGGGAGCCCGGCCCCAAAUGUGGUGUGUGUGGCCAUGACCUCGCACACCUCUCCAGCCCUCACGAGCACCAGUGCCUGGCAGGCCACGACCGCUCCUUCCAGUGCACACAGUGUCUCAAGAUAUUCCAUCAGGCCACUGACCUGCUGGAACACCAGUGUGUGCAGGCUGAGCAGAAGCCUUUUGUCUGCGGUGUCUGCAAAAUGGGCUUCUCACUGCUCACCUCGCUGGCCCAACACCACAGCUCCCACACUGGCAUGGUGAAGUGCUCCAUCUGUGAUAAGACCUACAAGCCAGCGGAGGCUGCCGAACCGGCCACCACUACUGCCCCAUCGCUGCCCUCGGCACCUCCACCCGCUAAUGUUGCCCCAGUGGAACAGCCUGAGAAGCCCUACAGCUGCCCUAUCUGCCAGAAACCCUUCAAGCACCUGUCGGAGCUCUCCCGGCACGAGCGGAUCCACACUGGAGAGAAGCCGUACAAGUGCACGUUGUGUGACAAGAGCUUCAGCCAGUCCUCCCACCUGGUGCACCACAAGCGCACACACAGCUCCGAGCGGCCCUACAAGUGCGCGGUCUGCGAGAAGACCUUCAAGCACCGCUCCCACCUGGUGCGUCACAUGUACGCGCACUCGGGCGAGCACCACCUGUUCCGCUGCAACGUGUGCGAGCUGCACUUCAAAGAGUCGUCGGAAUUGCUGCAGCACCCUUGCACCCCGAGCGGUGAGCGGCCCUUUCGCUGCGGCGAGUGCCAGAAGGCCUUCAAGAGGCCAUCGGACCUGCGGCAGCAUGAGCGCACUCACAGUGCCGAGCGGCCCUUCAAGUGUGACCUGUGCCCCAUGGGCUUCAAGCAGCAGUAUGCGCUGAUGCGGCACCGGCGCACACACAAGACGGAGGAGCCCUUCAAGUGCGGCUUGUGUGAGAAGGGCUUUGGGCAGCCCAGCCACCUGCUCUACCACCAGCACGUGCACACCCUGGAGACUCUCUUCAAGUGCCCGGUGUGCCAGAAGGGCUUCGACCAGUCUGCUGAGCUGCUGCGGCACAAGUGCUUGCCAACCUCCACAGAGCGGCCCUUCAAGUGCCCGGUGUGCAACAAGGCCUACAAGCGGGCGUCUGCCCUGCAGAAGCACCAGCUGUCGCACUGCGCGGCUGCAGAGAAGCCUCUGCGCUGCACCCUGUGUGAGCGCCGCUUUUUCUCCUCCUCGGAGUUCGUGCAGCACCGCUGUGACCCGGCCCGCGAGAAACCGCUCAAAUGCCCAGACUGUGAGAAGCGCUUCAAGUACGCUUCAGACCUGCAGCGUCACCGGCGAGUGCACACGGGUGAGAAGCCCUACAAGUGCCCCAACUGCGAUAAAGCCUUCAAGCAGCGCGAGCAUCUCAACAAGCACCAGGGCGUUCACGCCCGUGAGCAGCAGUUCAAGUGUGUGUGGUGUGGCGAACGCUUCCUGGAUGUGGCGCUGCUCCAGGAGCACAGUGCCCAGCACAGCGCUGCCGCUGCGGCUGCAGAGGGCGCCUACCAGGUGGCGGCCUGCCUGCCCUGAGGCCUCGGGGUUACCACCUGCCCUGUCCAGUCUCGCCUGCUUGCAGCUGCUUGGCAGCAAGCCUGUCAACCAGCUCCCUCCUCAGGAGUGAGGACCAAAGGGUUCUGGGCAGGUGGAGGGUGUGCAUGUUCAGUUCUCCUAGCACCAGAUCAGCCAUGGGAGCAGCCAAACUGCUGGGGCCAGACCAGAUUCCGUUAACCUCUACCCCACGACAGGACUUGCUUUCUGAGAGCCUGCUGCCUUCCCUCCCAUCUAUAGGGAACUUAAAUCCCACCUGUAAUCAGGUGCCUCUGCCCCAGGUGUGAGGGAUGUCAACCCAACCUUCCCAAAUUGUUCAGCCUAGUUAGAAGCCAGGUGGCUUGGGAAGAAGGAAGUAGGGUUUCCCUCAGAUUGCUUUUUUUAGGGGGUGGGGAAGGCCAGCUUUGUGACAGUUCUGGAUACUUAGAGUGUGGACCAUGAGCUGCAGGCUCAGAUUGCCCAGCUAGGGUGAAUGUGCCCGAGCCCCAAGUGUCUGAUAGUCGAGAUAAGUAGGAUAGGAGUCUUUGGGCAGGGUGUGCUUGAAGCCAAGGGGCCAGGCUGGGGGAAGCAGAGACAUCCCAUGACACCCUCGGGCCAGCCAGUGCUGUCCACAGGGAAAGGGACACAAGCCUGUGUGCCAAGGGCAGUCCUGAGUCUGCGGAAGCCCCUCCUGACUGUGAGUGUGCCCUUGGCAGAGCUGCAGCUGUAGAAGGGGGAGGCUGUUAGUCCCCUCACCCCAACCUCAUUCCUGGGGUGGGGAGGAAGGAGAACCAAGCCCAUGAUUUCCCCAGCAGUCAUAAACAGGCCCCUUCUUCCCAAACUGUGUGAACCAAAGUGUCUGGGGCUCAGAGUCAUGAUUUCAGGUUGUCCCAGCCCUGCCAAAUGGAGUUCUGGGCACCCAGGGUGAGGAAUGGCUUCUCACUUCACAGAGCCCUUCUAACCCAUGGAUACCAUGAGCCAGCAGUCUGCUCAUGGGCUUGGGCGCUGUUGCCAAAACAACCUGCUCUCUGUUGAGUUCUAGCAUCCCCUUAGACCUUUGGCUACUCACAGCCUGCCUCCUAUAGCAAACUUUGGGACACAAGAAUAAAAGAGCUUAGUGGGCAGCGUUCUUAGCAGGUACAUGGUCGGCCACCAUCACUGGAUGGCCAGAGCCACCUCCAGAACCUGGAGGAUCUUUGUUGUCAAAGUCAUCAUUCUAAACCCAGCCAUGCCCAUGCCCUCCUCAGCCCCCCCACCCCCCGUCCAUGAGUCUUGAAAGAAGACUCACUGGCACCCAAGCCAAGGGCCAGAUGGUAGGAGAACACCACCACACCUCUUGUCUCCAAAAGUCCAGCUGGCUGCAUGCACCUGCUCUGUCUGUCCAGGCUCUGGCCUGCAGCCGCAGAGACACAUUAGCACUCCUCUUGACCUGACUCUUGUCACAAAGCCUCAACAGACUGGAACUCAGGCUACAACAGUCCAGUCCUACCUGCUCAUUUUCCCCUUUGAUUUUACAUUCUAAAAGCAGUUUGUUACACUAUUCAUAACAUUGUAUAGCUUACUUUCAUGUCAUUUUGGAUCAUAUAUAAAUAUGAGAGUUUGGAAUUUUUAAAAGAAUGACUCCAUUUUAGGCAGCCACUUUUGAUGUUAAUAUCCAGUGAGUUUGAUGUGUGCUCUAGAAGUAAAGACAUUGACCGGUGCAGCCCACAGCUCUCUACUGUUCUUUCCGAAGGGAAUGAUGGGAGGUGCAGAGUCUGACAGCCACACCAACCAGAGAGGCAGGUUGGGGCUAGGCUUCAAUCCUGAGCUUUGAGGCUUCCAGCUGUGUGACCUUGGACUGGUCACUUAACCUCUUUGACACAGUUGCCUCAUCUGACAACCAAAAACCAAAUUGGGAGGCUAACUUGCCUCUGUUGUGAGAAUUGCAUGAAGUCAUUGUUGAGACUGAGGGGAAGCUAUGGACAAACUGGCAGGUACCAGGUGCAGUGUUCCCCACCCUACCUGACUUUAAGGUUUAACCAUAGCCCUUGAGAAGGGAGCUAGACUGUGAGAAAAAGAAGCUGGAGAUGGCAAAAAAAAAAAAAAAAAAAAAAUGCAUUCCGGUGCUCCCUGGGACAGCGGUGGAUCCACCGAGCCCGGCCAGCCCACUCUCACCAUUUGGUCUGCCCUACAGUGAUCCCUUGGUGGGCCAAGCCCAGUGCCUUUACCUCCAUCCUUACACACAUUUCGCCUGUGCUCCAUCCUUGCCUACAGCAGUCUGUCUGUAACUCACAUAGGCCAGAGUGGAACUGGAGAGAGGGAGAGAUAGCCCUCAGCCUGGCAUCUGAGAGCCGAAGGCACCCUGUCCUAGGUAAAAGGUAGAAAGUUAAAGGGCACGGAGCUACCCAUAAACCACACGUGUUCCUAAGAGUGACCCAUUCCUCGUGUGGCCCUGAGAAGCCAGGAGAUUCUGUCCCAUAGGUUUCUGCCAUUCGGCAGCUGUCUGUGCCAGGCUCCAGGCCCCGCUUAUUUUCUAGUUGUGUGACCUAGAUGCCACUACUUGGUGGGUAGGACAGGCCUGAACACUCCUUUGUCCAGACCGUUUGGAGGCUCGGGGAUUGUUCAAGCCACACAGUGGUAAGUGCCCUGGAGUUCACCUGCACACGUGAAAGACAGGCAACAUGGCCAGGACAUCCCUGGCAUUCUGGCUCCAAGUCACUUUUCUGACCAGGACUGUCCCUGACACCCAGUCUGGCCAGGGGAUCAAGGCAACAAAAUGUUCCUCCUGACCCAGCUGGUGCUCAGCUCCCUGACAGAUCCAAACUACUGUUGUCCGCCUUCCCAUGCAGGCAGAGGGGUAGGUCCUUAAAGGGCCUGGCCUCGUGGUACUGCCACAGAAGGUCACCUCCUUCCUGGCCCAUAACCCUGCUCUCCCUCCAGAGCUGACUGACAACGUCCCACCCUGGACUACUCACCCUGUGACGGUCCAGAAGGCCCCAGCCAGGCUCUGGUGAUGAGGUCUGCAUCCCACCCUCAAGCAAGCAUUUCAGUCCCUAGAGGUCACAACCCCAGGAAGAGCCUUGGCUGCUGUCUGUCUGCAUCUCCAGAGGCUUCUGCUGCAGUAUCCUAUAAACGGCAGUCUGUGGGGACAGGGUUGUGGGAUCUCCCCCUUCCCUAUGUCCCCGCCCAACCCUGGCUCUGCAUUCCUCCCUUUGUUUCUUCCACGACCAUAACCGAGCACCGCUGUUUGCCAGGCACAGGACAAGAACUUCAGACAAGAGUUUAAAUGAAUCAGAAGUAGAGAGGAAAAGGUCCAGUUGGCGCAGUACUUGCUGCUCAAGCAUGGGGACCUGAAUUUGAAUACCCAGCAUCUGCAUGGUUGUAUCCGUAGGCUGGGAGCACAGGUGGGGGAAUGACAGGACAUACGGGCAUUCCUGGAGCUCCUACCAGUCAGUCUAGCCAUUUGGUGAAUACUGGAUUCAGUGAGGGACCCUAUUUCAAAAAAUGAGGUGGGGAAUGAUUGAGGACAUCCAUGUUGAUCUCUAGCUUCCACAUGUAUGUGCAGCCACAGGCAAACAGGCAGUAAAAAUGGCCACAGCCAUCUGGGAACAGUCCCACAUCUUCACCACGCCCCAUCUCAGCUUGAGCAUUAUUUCUGAGCCUGCCCCAACCCUUGGGCUAUGAUGCAUUUCCCCAUGCUGCUCUGUAAUAAACACUACUGUUUCUUUAUAGUAGGAAUUUCAUUCAGUCCAAAUUUGCUCGCAUUGAUUCUGGAGACCCAGAUCCCAUUCCUGCACCUCAUAAUGGAGGUAAAAGGAAUGCUGGCAACUAAGACUACUGGCCAGAUAUGUACGUCCCCUAAAACAGCCAAGGCCCCUGUGCUGUGGUCUUUGGGAAGAAUGAGAGAAGGGGGCAUGUGAGGCCCUUUAAGGCUGGUGGAAGGGUGGCUUUGGACACAGUUUGGGACACUAGAUCCUAAGAAUAGGACAGAGCAGCGAGAAAAUGUGGUGGAGUCUGGAAACGCCAGGGAACUGAUUGUGUGCAGGUCCAAAGGGCCUUGAGAUGAGGUCAUGCUGGCUGCACGAUCCCCAAGGUUACAAUUGCAGUAAAGAUUUCCCGUAGGAUCUGUUUAUCAUGAGCCAUGAACUCCUGAAGGUGACGAGGUGGUCAAGGCAGUGAGGUAGUGACCACUAGUACUUCUGAGAGCAUCCCUAUGUCUGUCUCUCAGGCUAGUCCCACACUACUGGGCUGUUUGUCAUGCCGCAGCCUCCAGAUCGCCUGGGACUAUAUAUGUAUGCCACCAAUCUUGGCUUCUUAGUUUUCUAACGGGACAUCCCUUCUAAGUCCGUCUUUAGUCCCCAGUUCCCAGGAAGCACCCCUGCUUUCGUCCCAACUCUUGGCUUGUUUCUCAGAGCAGGAAAGAAGCAGAAUGAAGUGGUCACAAUUCCUCUGCUUUCAACUUGCUAGUCACCGGCUAUGUGGUCUUGGGCCAGUCACCGCUUCCUCAAGCCCAUUUAUUUAGACUUCUGUGAAUGAGUGUUUUGCCUGCGUGCGUGUAUGUGCACCACCUGUGUGCCUGGUGCCCCUUGGAGGUCAGAAGAGGGCUAUAUCCCCAGGAAUUAGAGUUAAGAUGGUUCUGAGCCUCCAUGUGGGUGCUGAGAACUGAACCUGGGUUCUCUAGAACAGCAGCCAGCUCUCAAUCUCUGAGCCAUCUCUUCAGCCCCAAGUCCAUUUAAUUAACCAGCUAGUAAAUGGAUUUAAAACGACUUACCUCAUGGGGCCUGUGAAGCACUUAAAAACUUAAUAAAAAGUACAUGCUCAA